GGCCGUUAACAACGAGAAGAAUCCACAUCCUCCCGGACUUGGAUGUGAGAGAGACAUAGGAGAUGGAGACCUUCACCCAUCUUUAAACGAAUCCGACGAUCUUGGGAGUCAAGCCAAGAUGUGACUUACGGUGCAUCAUAGACAGGAUCCGUCCAGAAUUUCCAGCACCGGUUUCUAUAGCAACAGAAGUAUCUGAGAAUUUUAAAUAGUCCCAUUCCCACGAUGCAGUCGUCCUCCCAGACUCCAAAGCCGCGGCGUUUCGAUGCCAGCAGGCGGACUGCUAACUCAGCUGGGUCCAAGCUUCGUGGCUGUAGUCUUCAGAAGGAGGAUAAAAACAUGAACACAAUCACCAACCCGUCCCCAAGGCGGGCUGUUAAAGCCCCUGCUGCUUCCUCCAGGAGCAGGACAGCUGCACAGCCACGAGCUCCUAUAAUCCAGUCCAGACCGAGCUCUCAGAAACAAGGUCCCACUGCUUCCAGAUUGGCCAAACCCAAACUGAAGAGCACUCGGCCAUCUGCAGCAACCCGGAAUACGCCAGAGGUCGCUGCCCCUCCUCUGCCUCUUCCCUCUGUCCUCCCUCUGGAUCCAAACUGCAACGAGCCAAGCCUCCCUUGCCUGUGCUGCGAUGGUCGCUCCCCUCAGGACAACAACAGCAUGUUCAACCAUAACCACAACAACAACAACACCGUCUCCAUCAGGCAGCAGCUGCAGCUACCUCCUCCUCCUCCUGUGGUUCAGUUGGCCGACAAGUGUGAUGGGAUGAAGGCCAAAGAGCCAGUUCCCUCGCAUGCGGAACCCUCUGCCCAAUCUGCUGCCAAUCUGGGAAAUGAUGUAAAGAACGCAGAUGAAAACGCAGACGUGGACAACAAGAAAACUGUAGAUGAAGAUGACGAGGAGGAAAUGAGCAGCAGAGAUACUGCUGUCGAUGAUGAUGAGGACGAUGAGACAGAUAGUGAUGAUGAUGAUGAUGAUGAUGAUGACACCCUGGUGCCGUCAUGCUGUGACUGCCCCCCAUCCCUAUUGGAAUUCUCACUCUCUUCUUCCACUUCAUCAUCCUCCACUUCCAUCAGCUCCUGCUCUGACCUGGAGUCUGACUGUGCCGAUCAGUGCGCUUCCAUGUGCUUCUCACAGGACCAGGACCAUCUGUCUGCUGCUUUCAACCCCAAAGACCAAUUUCCUGAGUUCAAACAUCCCUCAUCUCUUCCACUUAACAAGAAUCCUUUCUCCCUUACCUCCUGUUCCCCAGUGGCCUCAUGCUCCCCUGAUGAGGGUUACCCCUCUGCGCUUGACUCCUUUUCUCCUGACUACUUAGGGGCUAAAGGCGACUCUGAUGCUGACAAAGUAGAUUUACUUGACUUCCUAGAGUCUGUAGGGGAGUUUGGGAAAAUGGAGCGCUUCAGCCAGGUUAUCCAAGUUGCUCGCUGGGAUCUGGAAGGGGAGCAACACUGGGAUGUACUGAGGGAUCGCCUAGAUCACCUGGAUCGUUUGGAAAAAGUGAAUAGGGAAGUGAAGCUGGCCUACAUUGCCAGACUUCACGAGAAGGGGUUUGAUCUUGAGGAUCUGGAGGAGCAGGACCUCUCAGAUAUUAUGGAUGAAAUGGGGAACAUCGACAUUCCCUGGAAGUUGUAUAAAACCCGUGAUGGAACAAUGAGGGAGUCUCAGGAGUUUUCAGAUGCUGGAGUUGAUCUCACCGCUCCAUCAGACUGUGAAGAUCCCCUUGCUCCAGACUCCCUCACCCCUUCCCCCAUUGAGCCGCCACCCAGACCUCCCAAACCUCCUGCCCGUCAUGCCAGUGUGAGCUCUGAUCUCCACACCUACAUCAACAUCAGCAGAGAGACCACCUCCAUGGCCGUCGCAACCUCCCCCACUUUGUCUACUUUCGCCCCCAACUCCCCUUCGCCCACAUUCUCAACAUUUCGAUGUGAGAAGCCCCUCCCUCCAUCUCCGCCAUCCAUCCCUCCUCUUCCUCUCUCCAAACCAGUCCCCUACCUCACCCUUUAUACCACUCCUUCCCCACCUCCGUCCAUUCCCACUCCAACCCCACCCAUCCCUCCACCUCGAAAGCGACACCUGGCCAGGAAGGAGGCCCAGCGCCUCGCUGCUCUUCAAGCUGAACAGGAAAGAACUCCCCUCUCUCUGCCACCACCCACCACACGCCCUCCACCAUUGCCUCCUCCACCUGUCAUCUCAGUGUCUUGCUCCUUCUCACCCCCCGCCAUACCACCACCACCUGCCCUGCCCCCUCCACCCUCCUUUCACACAUUGGACGUGGAGAUCCGGAAGCUGCUCAUGCUUGCCGGACUGACCCAAGCCGAGCUCCUUAAACUUAGCCCUGAGCUCAGUGUCUGCGUUGGGGAGCUGGACGAUGAGGAGGAAGCAGAUAAUCACUUUACAUCCAGAUCUCUGGAGUCCAGAGAGUUCAGAUUACAAGACAGGGAGGCAGAGAAGGAAAACGACACAUGCAAAGUGGGUUUAGAUGGAAAAGCAUCUGAGGAUGGCAAUAAGGAGGGGGAAAGUAAAGACGGACAAAAGACCACCUCUUUCACUGAAAUUGCAAGAAGAAGGAAGAAGAACACUGUUUUAGUGACAGAUCAUUACUACAGCACAAGUUUUAAUAAUCCACAUGAAGCAACAGUAAAGACUUUCUCUUAUUCAAAUGAGCUACCAGAUUCUCCUCCACCUCCUCCACCUCCUCGUCCUUUGCCUCCCAUCCCACCUUCUUUAGCGCCCCUCAAAGUCAGCACUUUGCCUGCUAACUCUGAGCAACCUGAGCGCUUUGAUUGGCUUAUAGCUUUCACACCCGAAUGUGAAGCCCCACCACUCCCAGUACUGGAGAAGAGAAAAUCCACCACUGAAGUCCCAAAAAAGCUCAGGUCAUCAGGCUCGUCUCCAGGCUCUGGUCCAAAGGUGACUACGUUUAAAGAGCUUCGUUUCCGCAACAAGAGCACCUCCCCUCCCACAAAGGUGAUCACAGAUCCCGAGCCCGACCCCACUGUUAUCACCCCCGACCCAGAUAUACUCUACAACUUGAGGUGGAGGAGGGAGAAGGCUGGUAGUGACGGCAGCCAGUGGGAGUACACUUCACAGGCCCAAGCCCUGUUCAUGCAGCCGCCCCCAGCCCUCACCUCCAUGGCCGCCCUGAAGGAGAUGCUGCAGAGAGCUGACAAGGAGGGUGGACAGCUGGAGUUGUGCCCAUCGCAGAAGAUCGGCUGCUCAGUCAGUGACAGCAGCCUGUGGAAUGUAGGCCAAGACAGGGAGAUGAGGGAGGAGAUGAAGGAAAGGAAGACAGAGAAAGGAAAAGAGGAAGUGGUGGUGAGAGGCCGGGCUGAUGGAGGGAGAACUUUUGAAUCGAGAACUUCUGCCGUCCGCAGUGUCUCGUUUGCCGGCUCCGUACAGAAGAUAGAUGUUCCCUGGAUGGGCGAGGAUGUGGAGCAUUCAGUGAGGGGUCUCGGCCUUACCUCUCUGUGUAUGCAGGAAAAGAAAGCUCUGGUCAGUGGAGUCAGUGCUGCAGUGGAGGCCAUCUUGGCUCAGUUCAGUUCUUCUCGGACUAUAGUCCAGAAGGCUUUAUCAGGAGACAGCGCCAUAAAUCCAUCUCUUGGCCGUCUGGUGCUGCAGUGCCUCUGUCCCGCCCUGCACAAUUUGCUGACCGACGGCUUGAAGCCUCACCAGAGUGAUCUGAUUGCAGGCCGGAGGCCAAACUCAGCCUGGAGUCUGGUGCAGGCCACAACGAGGACAGGUCCCAAAACUCAAGCCUUAUUUAACCUACAAAUCCGGGUUGGUGAGCUGCCGCAGCUGAGACACAGCAAGCAGAGGUUCAAUGCAUUCCUCCUUGGUCUGCUAAACACCAAGCUUCUAGAUUUCUGGCUGUCUCAUCUUCAGUCAUGCAGCGAUGUGCUGGAGGCAUAUUACCACCCUACUUCCUUUAUGCGUCUGUCGCUGACCACCUGCUGGCCUCUUUUUGAGGAGCUGCUCCUCGUGCUGCAGCCCCUGAGCCUGCUCACCUUUAACCUCGACCUGCUCUUCCAGCACCAUCAUCUGGAGGCGGAUUCUCACAGGCCUGAGAUGCCCAGAUCUCCCCAUCGGGAAGCCGGGCUACAGGCUUCCCCGCAGGGCCAACUGAAAUCCCCAGCUGGCAGAUACAUGAAGAGCCUCUCGGAAGUGGACUUUGGAAGCCCAGAACAUUCACCAAAUACAAAUUCUUCACCGACUUUAAACAAUGGGGGAUCAGAGUCAUCAACAAGUACAGAUUCUGAACCUGUGAAGGCUUUGCCUAGUUUUGGUCAAACAAGUCCACAGCUGCUGUGGGUGCAGGAAAAAGAAAUUGAAACUUUACCUCUGUCUAAUGUAGAUGAAGAUAGUUUUACCCAUCAAGCAGGACAGGUGAUCCAGCAGAGCUGGGGAGUUGUGAUGCGCUGGGGAGGUCGGCUGAGCCAGAACCUGGCCGACUUUAGCCUGUCUGCCGUGAAAAAGGAGGAGACGAAUACCAACAGUCCUGAUUUCCAGGACCAGACAGGAAGUGACUAUUCCCCCGUCAACGGCUCUCAGGUUCCCUGGAGUUUGGGACGACUUUUUGGAGCCUCCAAAAGCCCUAUGGGUCACACACCACCAACCAGGCGUCCCUCUCAGUGGUUAGCUCCUGGUGUCACAGCUCUGACCCGAAUGGUGAGCAGCAGUUCCACCCCAACGCUACGCGGAACCUCUGAACUUCAGGAAGGAAGCGACAUAGAAUCAGAGAAAAAGACAGAUGCCACAGAAAUGAAAGAAAAACCCAGACAAUUCAGAUCCGUUCGAAUGCUGUGUGACCACACCGGAACCGGUUCGGAGCUCAGCUUCUGCAAAGGCGAAGAGCUGGUGGUGCUGGGAGGCGUCGAUCAGGAUUGGAUUCGAUGUCGUCAGGGAGACAAGGAGGGGUUGGUACCUAUUGGCUACACCUCUCUCAUCAUGUGACGUCGGCACUGUAACUUCUGCACUAAAAUCCAUAUUAUAUUAAAUAAAUAUAUAUAAAAUAUAUCCAUAUUAAAGAUAUUUUAAGUGAGUCUGGAGGGUUUAUGGGAAGGUCGCACUACUCUGAAAGGGAUAUUUUACGUGGGUUUGAGCUGAGAGCAUGACGCCAUCUGCUCUGCUUUGCUUUCAUCUCGAGUAUUCUCCGGUCCUCUCCUGUUGUGAACAUAUGGGGCUUUUUUCCCCAUUAAAACUCAUCCUGUUUGGUAGCUAAUGAGUUUAAGUAGCAGGAACGCAGUAGAUGGCGUGAAGUAAUGACUCAACUCAAAUUCAAACCAUUAUAAUAUUUAAGUGAAGUGUCCCUUUUAAUGCUUUUCUUCCAUUCCUGCGCUCCACGUCAGCUGCUGAUCUGAACCUGAUGGCGGGGGAGACCCUGUCCACUUAACGUGUUAUAGUCGACAUCUUUGGAGCAGUCUGCUUCAGCACUGCAGCCAGCAGGUCAUUGAGUGAAGAAAGGAUGCUAGAGUACUACGCCGCAGCUCCUGUUUGCAUACUGCGUGUCGAUGUGGUGAAUUGUAGCUGUGUAGGUCUGUGUUCCCUUAUCAACCUCUCUCAUCUCUGGCCCGGUUUGUGUGUGUUUCUGCGAUUCUAGUAGAAUGUAUAAUUAUAUAUAUAUAUAUAUAUAUAUAAAUUAUAAUAAAUCCAUGUGUACAGCUAUAUUAACUGAGAGGGAUUUUACCAAGACAGAUAGAUUACCAAGAGGGAAAAAAAAGUGAAACAGUAAAGACUGUGACAUUAUUGUGAGUUUGACCGAUAGGAAUGGGUGGAUCCAUCUUUACACGUGCAACUCGCCUCACACAUUAAGUCGAUGUUCUGCAAAGUAAAUUCUGUUUUAAUUAUAAAACCCAGCAUCUUCCUUUAUGCGUGCUUUUUGUGUUGCAAAUUUUUUGCCAUACAUUAAGGUGCAAAAGAUUUUUUCAAAGCACUAUAUCUUUAAACUUUGCUUCAGCUGAGCCAGACUUUAUUGUAAUCUCUUAGAGUUUUCUGGAUCAAUAUUUCUCUGGGCUUUUGAGGGUUGUUUUUUAGGUGUUCUUUGAAUUUUGAAUGCUUUUUCACUCAAUAUCUCUCCACCAUUUUCACUGAUAAUUCACUUUUUUGUCAAAGCAUUUACCUCUGACGUAGUGCCUUGCAAAAAAAAGUGGUGUCCAUUAAACUCCUCCCCAAAGCAAUGUUUUGUAGACAUAAACUUGAUCCUGGGUAUAGUUCCACGGUUGAGAUGUUUGCAAAUUCUUUUUGGCAAAAUCACUCAAGCUCAAAGUGGUUGGACGGAUUUAGACUGUAAUUAUCCAUUUUAAAGUCUUGCCACAGAUUCUCAAUUGAAUCUAGGUCUGGUCUUUAACUGGGCCAUCAUAGCAUAAAUGUGUUUCGCUCCGGACAGGUUUUCCUCCAGGGUGGCCCUGUGUAGCUAUUUUCCUGUCAACACAGAAAAGCAUUACCACAGCAUGAUGCUGCCACCGCCGCGCUUCAGUGUUGGAAUGGUGUAUUCAGAAUGAUAUGCAGUACCACAAAUUGUGUUUUGCAUGCAAGUUAAAAAGUAAAAUUUGGUCUCUUCCUCAUAUUUGCUGUACACCGACAUGUUUUUCAGUUAGAUUCUGUAGUCAGCUAGAAGGUCUGGAACAGGAAAAUUUGCAAGAAAAAAAAUCAGUCAAGGUCCAAAGAAAAUUUCUGAAAAUCUGAAGAACUACUAGUAAGGACAACUUUUAAAAUAUUACAGGAAAGUCUGGCUCCUUGGAAGGCAAGCAUAAGGGAAACAAGGGAUGACUCAAGGCUUUUGCAGUACUGUAAUUUUCUGAAAAUGAUUACGUGUAGCUCAUAAAGUUUAACACUGAAUGCAUUUUAGUAUAAGCAUGGAUGCUUUGAAUGAAUGACACAUUGAUAUAACCCUCCCAGUGGUGAAAUAUGAGACAAAGCAAUCUGUAGCUCAUCCUGUGGUUUGAGAAAUACCCUCACAAAAACAUUUUCAGCUCUUGUGUAAUACUAUCUGAAAUAAAAUAUGAAUGCAGCGAGAGGGGGGGAAAAAAUCCUUGAACUGAUGUAAAAUGCUGCAGUGAAGCUUAUAGGUUUGGUGGCUUUUCCUCAGCUUUUGUAUUUAUCUUCCUGCCAGGUCUGAUCAUAAUCAUUGAUAUUAAUGAUAGUAGUGAUGGUGGAAGUGGUUCGUUUGUACUGAUGCCACUCAUAUGAAACCCGUUGCUUUGCAUCAUAUUUAUAUAUUUAUUCGUUUAUCUCUGGAUUCUAGAUGUAUCGACGACUAUGCAUAUGCUUAAACGUUGAGCUGUUUUGUUUCAAAGUCAUCAUUUUAGUUUUGUGUACAACUGAGGCAUUGCAAGAUAUCUUAAACCCUAAAGAUACAAGAUGAAAAGAGUCUUGCAGACGUCUGGAUUUGGUUCUGUAGGAAGGUUUCUUUACCACUGAUAAAUCAGGGAGAGCUCAAUUCUUCAAAAUAUCCUUGUAGUUUCUAUGUACGCCAGUGCCAUGUAGCAUGACAUUACUGGCGCUACAGCAAAAGUCCAGUAGCAGUAAAUGAAACCACUACAUGCUCAUACUGUAAAUAAUUAUCAUAAUAAAACACCAUCAAAUGGAUAGUUAUAAGAAAUCUUCAGAUUGAAUAUUAUUGGACAAAUAAAGUUCAUUUAGAUUUUUUUAUGUGAAAGCUGAUAAUUUAUUGGAUGUACUAUUUAUUGAUUCCAAGGUGUAUAAAAAGGAACAGCUCUCUAUCUGUCUGGGUUCUGAAAGCGCGAGGGUGUGAACAUGAUGGUGGUGUGUGUGUGUGUGUGGGUGUGCAUAUGGAAGUGAAAGUAGAGAUGAUGUGAGCACUUUCAUGUGUCAGCAUAUCCUGCUGUUUCGCUGUGUGUGUGUAACAGAAAGCCUCCUUCUCUUUUUCUCUCUCUCUGGUGUAACGUAGCUUGUAGACAUUUCCGAGUCCCACUGUUGCAUAUAGUUGCGUGCCCCUCUGGUGUCGGUCAAUUGUCCACCUCCUGCAUGUGCUUGUUUGUAAAUACACCCAAUAAAAAUCAUCUGUUCAAACCAAA